AUGUUCUUAAACGUUGUGGGCUUACUGGGUGUUGUAUAUAGUUUUAAUUGGAACAAAGCACCCAUAGAAGCUUGCUAUUUUCAGGCAUUAGCGACGCAGUUUGCAGCUUUUGUGACGGGUGCUUGUGGAAUAAAUUUUACAAUACAAACUUACCGACUUCUUGUACUAUACAAGCGACGUGAUCUGACACAAUCAAGAUUACGAUAUUAUUACUACGGAUUUCUCAUUAUAUAUCCUAUUAUUGGAACCGCAAUAGUGAGCACUGUGGCCAUUAUGGAAAGGGCUGUCAAGCCCCGAUUUUAUCACUGUGAUAUAGUCAGUCCGAUUUGGGUUCGUCUCGUAAGCUAUAAUGGAGCCAACCUUCUGCUAUCAAUUCCUGGCACUUAUUUCUCGGCACGCGCAGCAAUAGCGGUGUAUCGUCAUACAGGCCAAUUCAAGUCGACCAAAUUAUCUGCCAACGACGUUACCAAUUCACAAGGUUCCACCGACAAUCUAGCGAUAACAACGGAAGCACUCGAAAGUCGAGUAAAUAUCUUGGAUGCUGAAAAGCAUUCCCAUAUUCAAUUACCAAAGAUUAUACAGGACAGCAAAUCGGCAAAGAAAGUCGAACAGGGCAUUAACUUGAAAGCAUCAAUCCAAAAUUACGGCAUUACACGAUCUGCAGCAAUUCGAAUGGUUGUCUUCACCCUUGCUUAUGCCCUUACAAAUCUUGCCGCUUCUGUUGGAAUUAUUCUUGAUGUUAUCGCAAACAAACCAUUAGACCCACAUCCUGGUGGAUCUGAUUUUGUCGGAGCGUCUAUCGGGAUACCAUUACUUUUGGUUUUCGGGACUUCAAGUGAGAUCAGACAUUGGACUGGUGACAAAGUGAGGAGUUUAUUUAACAGAAAUUACGGUUCCCAGCUUCCUUAA